AUGCUUACAAACUUGAAACUUACAACCCUUUUCCUGUCAUUUCACUUCGCCGUGGCCGCUCUGGCAGGGAGGUGCAAACCAGACCCGCCGCCCUUCAGCACCUUCCCCCGACGCAUCAUCUACGACCCACCCGCCGGCAAGCGCGCCUCGUACCCCCGACACGUCGAGCUCAAGGACGGCACUUUCCUCGUCACCUCCAGCAUCAUCGGCGGCGACUUCUUUGCCGGCAGCAACUCAUCCUUCCCCGUCUUCGAGAGUAAAGACGGCGGCGUUCAUUGGAAAUGGAUCUCCAACAUCACCGACCAAGUCAACGGUUGGGGCAUGAGCGCACAGCCGGCCCUGCUUGAACUGCAGAAGCCGCUCGGCGGGUUCAGGGCCGGCACCAUUCUCUUCUCGGGAAACAGCUGGAGCGAAAACGGCACCCGCAUCGACCUGUACGCCAGCACCGACAAGGCGCGCACCUGGAAGUUCGUCAGCCAUGUAGCCGAGGGUGGCCGUCCCAACACAACCAACGGCGCCACGCCUGUCUGGGAACCCUUCCUCCUCGAAUACAAGGACGAGCUCAUAGUCUACUACUCGGACCAGCGGGACCCCAAGCAUGGACAGAAACUCGCCCAUCAACGGUCCAAAGACCUCCGCACCUGGGGUCCCGUCGUCAAUGAUGUCCGGUACGACGAAUAUCUCGCUCGUCCGGGAAUGACUGUCGUAGCCAAGAUCGAAACCAUCAACAAGUGGAUCCUGGUGCACGAGUUGCCUGUCGGGAACUCAAGCUCCUACGGCGUCAACUACCCGGUCUACUACCACAUCGCCGACGAGCCGACAAAGUUUGACUCGGCUCCUGGGAUCCCCAUUGUCAUUGACGGAAAGCUCGCGCCGAAUGCCUCGCCGUAUGUGGUCUGGUCUCCUGCUGGCGGGCCCAACGGCACCAUCGUGGUCUCGGACGCUGAUCGGAGCGAGAUCUAUACCAACCGGUUUGGUGGGGACCCGGACAAGUGGGAGAUGCAUGCUAUUGAGCAGCCUGCUGCUUACAGCCGGGCUUUGCAUAUAUUCAGGAGGGAUCCGAAAAAGUUGAUGGUGCUGGGUGGCGCGACCUUUGAUGAAGGCGGUCCGGAUGAACUGAGCCUGAGUGUCCUCAACUUGAUUGAGGUGUUGAAGACGAGGGUACAUCCUGCGUAG